GGCGCCGGCAGGUCCACCCCGUCCUCGGGGCUGGUGUUUCCUAGCGCGGCGGCGGCGGCUCCCGGGACCCUGCCCCUGCCCCUGGGCCGGGUAGGGUCGGGGUGCGGGGGACCCCCGAAGACCGCCCGGUGCUCGCCCGCUCCGGGUGCCUCUCCUUGCUCCCGCGCCGCCUGGUGGAGCAGCAACAGAUCCAGAGGCAGCAGGAAAAUGGCAUCUGGUGAUGAAAAGGCUGUUACCCGCAGGGCCAAGGCGGCCCGGGCAGAGAGGAUGAGCCGGUUCCUGCGGCACUUCACCGUGGUCGGGGACGACUACCACUCCUGGAACAUCAACUACAAGAAGUGGGAGAACGAGGAGGAUGAGGAGGACGGGGAGGAGGAGCAGCAGCCACGGCCCGCGCCAGCCCAGGGCGAGGAGGGCAGGGACGCCGAGGCUGCGUCCGUCCCCGCGCCCCGACCGCCCCCCGACUUCAGCGCCAAGCUGAGGAAGCUCUUCAGCUCCCACCGCUUCCAGGUCAUCAUCAUCUGCCUGGUGGUUCUGGAUGCCCUGCUGGUGCUGGCCGAGCUCAUCCUGGACCUGAAGAUCAUCGAGCAGGACAAGAACAAGUACGCGGCCAAGGUGUUCCACUGCAUGAGCAUCGCCAUCCUGGCCUUCUUUAUGGUGGAGAUUUUCUUGAAGAUAUUUGUCUUCCGCCUGGAGUUCUUUCACCACAAGUUUGAAAUCCUGGACACGGUGGUCGUGGUGGUCUCGUUCGUCCUCGACAUUGUCCUCCUCUUCCAGGAGCACGAGUUUGAGGCUCUUGGCCUGUUGAUCCUGCUCCGGCUAUGGCGGGUGGCCCGGAUCAUCAAUGGGAUAAUUAUUUCGGUGAAGACCCGUUCCGAACGGCAACUCUUGAGGCUGAAACAGAUGAAUAUUCAGCUGGCUGCCAAGAUCCAGCACCUCGAGUUCAGCUGCACUGAGAAGGAGCAAGAGAUCGAAAGACUCAACAAGCUGCUGCGGCAGCACGGCCUCCUGGGCGAGGUGAACUAGCGUGGCAGCCCUGCGGGAGAAGAGCAGCGGCGGGCGCGGUGGGGGCCGGCCUCGCGGCGGCUGGGCCUUCCCCUGGCCCUGAGAAUCGCAGCAGCUAUUUUCCCGCCCGGGACACUUAGCCCUCGGUGAAAGCCAGCACACUUGGACAGUGGCCAGCUGUAUAUAAACUUUCAUCGCCCCGCACGCAGUUCUCCAGCACACGUCCGCGGCGCCCGCACCCUCUCCUAGAGCACCGGGCAGGCGAGGCGAGCAGCCGGCCGCUCCACGC